CAAGAUUGGCUUUGCACCUAGCUAUAGUUGAAGGUUUAAUGAAAGUGGCAAAAAAUGUCGAAAUACGAGAUUGGAGGCGUGGAAAUUAAAUUUCCAUUUCAACCGUAUGAUAUUCAGAUGACGUACAUGAAAUAUAUAAUUGAAAGUUUGAAUACCAAACAAAAUGCUGCUUUGGAAUCACCAACAGGCACUGGAAAAACACUCAGCUUAUUAUGUUCGACCAUGGCAUGGAUUGAAGGAGAAAAGAAAAAUAACAGAACGAUACCAACUGUGAUUUAUGCAACCAGAACGCAUCCGCAAAUCUUGCAAGCUAUGAGGGAGCUGAAAAAGAGUCCGUACAAUAACGUAAAGGCGGCAGUGAUAGCCUCGCGAAAUCAGCUCUGCAUCAAUUCAGGUCUCUCGAAAAAUUCCUAUACUGAAAAGAUACAUAUGUGUAAAUAUCUAGUAAAAAAAGGAAAAUGUAAAUUUUACACAAACAUCGAUAAGAUUUCUCACGAGCCAGAGUUGCAUCAAAAUAUUGUUGAUAUUGAAGAUCUACACCAAAUUGCAAAGAAGCAUGCAGCUUGCCCAUAUUAUAUUUCGAGAAAAAGAGCGCGCAUAGAUGAUGCGGACAUAAUUUUUAUGCCAUAUAAUUACCUGAUUGAUCCAAAAAUCCGCGAAGCGAAUGAAAUUGAUUUGAAAAAUGCAAUCGUUAUACUCGAUGAGGCGCACAAUGUGACCAAAGUAUGCGAGGACAGUGCUUCAACUUGCAUCGAAUUCACCCAAAUUAGUGCGGCUCUUAGAGAUAUAAAUUAUCUCAUCGAAAACAGUCACUCUUGGCGUUACUCAAAAGUAGAAAAGUUGAAAGAUUCUCUUCAGAAAUUGAAGGAAAACCUCAGCGAAAUGUCAGUCGGUACAUAUAAAGGUUGCACAAUUUUUUCAAUACUCAAGGACGUCAACAUAACAAAAGACAAUUGUGCUGAUGUGAUAGAAGUACUGGAGAAACAAAUAGAAUUGAUAUAUAAGCAAGGGCUAGAAAACGACUUGGACUCUUGUGGCGAUGAUGGUUCAUGUGAUCAAAAUAAAAAGAAGGCGACAACUUCGAGAGGAUCUGGCCUUACUGCAUUCUUUCACUUCUUACAAACAGUUUUCGCAUGCUUUACGGAGCCAAAGAGUAGCAUCGAUGAGUGUUAUCGAGUCCACGUCGAUCAUAAAAAAAUUGAAAACGGAAACAAAUCAUUGUCUUCAGAGGAACAACUAAAAUUAAAAGUAUUAAAUUUUUGGUGCUUCAGUGCGAAAUUCAGGAUGAAAAAUUUGAUGCAACAAAAUAUUCGAUGUCUAAUAUUAACCAGUUCAACUUUGGCGCCAUUUAAAGAACAGUUAGCGGAAAUAAACAUUCGCGUACCAAUUCUAUGGGCGGCAAAAAAUCAUGUGAUCAAAGAAGAUCAAAUAUGUGCCAAUGUUUUGAGCUCUGGAGUUGAUCGGCAAUCUAUCGAUGCCAGCUUUGACAAUCGAAAAACCGAUAAUUACCGGUUAUCACUUGGAAAUUCAAUAGUUGAGCUGUGUAAAGUGGUUCCGGAUGGUAUUUUAGUCUUUUUCCCAUCGUAUGAAAUGAUGAUGAAUUUACUUGACUUCUGGCAAGAGCAUGAUAUCACGACGAAAAUUGAAGAGCAAAAACGUGUUUGUGUUGAGCCAAAAACAAAGGAAGAAUUUCAUAUUGAGAUGAAAAAGUACUACGAACAUAUUAACGAGAAAAAAGGUGCUGUUUUCAUGGGUGUGCUAAGAGGAAAAAUCAGUGAAGGAAUCGAUUUUUCGGAUAAGUAUGGCCGUGCCGUUGUUGUUGUAGGCAUACCGUACGCACCUUCAAAACAUCCAAAAGUUAUGCUCAAAAAACAAUAUAUGAACCAAAUAUAUCGAGAAUAUGAAAAAGGUAUUUGCGGUGAUGAUUGGUAUAAACUGGAUGCGGUCAGAGCCACUAAUCAAGCGAUCGGCCGUGUUAUUCGUCAUGCAAAUGAUUACGGUGCAAUUCUACUAUUCGAUGUACGUUUCAAUCAAAUUAAGAUAAAAAAUAAUAUUUCCGAAUGGAUCGAACGUCCCUUGGAAAAACAAGAAUCUUAUUCAUUCGAUGAAGUAAUUAAAAAAGUUGUAACAUUCUUUGAAAAUGCUCGGCAGAAACUACCUGAAAUUGAACCAAAAUUGAAUCCAGAAAGUUUCGUUCUUUACGAUGACCAUGAAUAUGACGACAUAUUUCAAUCAACAUGCUAUCAAGCAUCAGAUGAUAUAUUCCAUGAAGAAUUCGAUCAAUCGUUUACUAAUUUGACAUAUGUCCAAAAAAGAUCAUCAAAUGUUGCGAAGCGGUGCUCAAAAACUGCUCGAAAUUUAACAUCGACGUCUUCUUCGAGCCAAGCCAGUGAAUCUGACAGCAGUAGCGAUGAAAUGGUGAAAACGCCAAAAAAACUCAGAAAAAGAAUUCGUAUUUUAAGCGAUUCGGAUAUCAGUGAAGAGACGGAUGAUCCGAAUAAAUCAGAAGAACAUUCGAUUUUUACUUUCAUGAAAGAAGAUUUGGGCGAAGAAAAAUUUCAAAAACUGUCCACCAUUUUCGUAAAUUAUUAUCAAGGUGACGAUCCUCACGUAUGUUUUCGAGAACUUUUCAAUAUACUUGACUCGGAACAACUUCAAACAAUUACGGUAUUCCUCCGAAAAGACGAUGAAAUACAAUAUAAACAAGAAUUGGCAAAAUUUCUGGAGCAAACUAUGGAUAACAGAGAGUAAAAAAAAAAACAAACAAAUUUUUAUAUCGUUUUUCACUCAAAAACAUUCAUGAAUAAAUAUGUAAGCAAAUUUUA